AUGUCGUCGACUGUACCUUCUUCUUCUUCUUCCCUAUUGGCUUCCAUUUUCAGCUGGUUUACUCCUACUGUCUUCUUUGUCUUCGUUAACCUCACCAUCGGCACCAUCUUCUUCACUUCCUCCUUAGCUUCCAACAAGCCCUCCGCCGCCGGUGUCGGCGAAGGAGAUGAAAGAAACGACCCAAAACUCGUUAGAUCCCCAUCUGUUCUACAAAGGCUCAAAUCCAUCAACUUGUUUUCUCAUAGAUCCGAAGAGCCCGUGAGUUUCACUUCCAAAAUCCCAGCUGUCGGUGGCGAUUUUCGUUUCUCUUUUCAACAACAAGCCACCCCAGAAUGGCAGCACCAGCCGUCGUCGCCGCCGCUGCCGCGUUACCUCGAUGGAUCUCCUUCGGUUCUACAGAGACUGGAGUCAAUCAAUCUCUAUGGCUACUUCUCCCCAGAGCAGAAAACCCCAGAAAUCAGCUCCCAUUACACUCCCGAUGAACAAGAUGAAGAAAUAAAAGAACCCCAAGCGGUUCAAGAAACCACCCCAGAUCAUCCGCCGUCGCUGCCGGAGGUAGCCCGUGAAGAAACACAAGUGAAGGGCAACAAAAGCGAAGUCUCGAGGACCAAAUCGGACGUCGAACCGGCAUCGGGCGCAGUACCGGUAAAACUUCCGAAGAAGAUGAGGAAAUCGGCGAGCGUUAAGUCGCCGUUCUCGCAUUUCGAGGAAGAAGACAUCGUGAAAACUCAACGGCCGGCGACCGUGAGGGAAGGGAAGGGUAAAGCUACAGAUGAGGACGAUGAAGUGGAUGCGAAGGCGGAUGAUUUCAUCAACAAAUUCAAACAGCAGUUGAAGCUGCAAAGGAUGGACUCCGUUGUUAGAUACAAGGAGAUGGUGAACAGAGGCAGUGGAAGAUGAAGUAAAUCAAGCGUAGAUCUAUAUUAUUAGCAUUGCUUGAUUAUUAUCUUUUUGAACUUUCUGCUCGAAGAAUAUGGCACUUCGAUUUCA